GAUACUCUCUUUCAUGAAUUAUUAAAAAGAAAUUUGUCAGAUUCACAUUUAUUUUACCUGAUCUUCAGUUUCUAGUCCGAAACCAAUAGUAGAGAGAAACCCUAUACUACAAGAAUUUGAGAGAUUUUCUAUUGAAUGGCACAUGGUUCUACAUUGAUAAGCAACAAGAAAGGAAGAAAGAACUUUUCUAACACUUCAUUUCGAUACUGAUUGAAAUUGCGUUGCUGUGGCAGAAGAAGGAUAGAUAUACUGAUUCGGUAUACUCUAAAGACACCCUCGGUACAAUAUUGACGAUCUCACAAAUAUCCAUUUUCAGUGAAUUUCUAUUUACUGAUCUCAUCUUUUACGAAAUCGAUCGUCCUUUGACUGUACAAGAAUAUGUGGAGCUGGGCAUGUCUGGAAGCACAGGAGAACGUUCUUUUGCUGAUAUUAUUACCUGUAUUCGAUACUGGGUCAUUCAUAGCAAACCUAUACCUUCCCUAUUUACUCGACGAAUUAAGGGGGUUAGUUAUUCGUCAGCACGAGUUUUGCUUCCUCUUCUGGUAUAGGUUUGGAAGUCCUCGGCCAAACGAGUAUUUUACAGAGAGCCGACAAGGAAUGGAAUUAAUAACCGGCCGUUUUGAUCCUUUUGUUCCGGGAGGAAGAGCCUCUCAUCAUAUUGCAGCAAGGACAUUGGGCAUAUUAGCAGGGCUAUUCCAUCUUAGUGUCCGUCCGCCCCAACGUCUAUACAAAGGAUUACGUAUGGGCAAUAUUGAAACCGUCCUUUCCAGUAGUAUCGCUGCUGUCUUUUUUGCAGCUUUUGUUGUUGUUGGAACCAUGUGGUAUGGUUCAGCAACUACCCCGAUCGAAUUAUUUGGUCCCACUCGUUAUCAAUGGGAUCAGGGAUACUUCCAGCAAGAAAGAUAUCUAAGAGUUGGUGCUGGGCUAGCCGAAAAUCAAAGUUUUUCAGAAGCUGGGUCUAAAAUUCCUGAAAAAUGAGCUUUUUAUGAUUACUUCGGCAAUAAUCCGGCAAAAGGGGGAUUAUUCAGAGCGGGCUCAAUGGACAACGGGGAUGGAAUAGCUGUUGGAUGGUUAGGACACCCUAUCUUUAG